AAACGAAACUCCAGAAGUAUCGUCCGGUGCGCAUGUGGUUUAUUUGUAGUUCAUGAUGGAUCUUCCAUGCAUCAAGUGGCAAGAUUAUGUUGCACAAAAAUGGACCGUACUCGACCCCGAGCUAAAGGAAAAGUUUACAACCCUGCUUGAAAUAGAUGAUGUUUUCAAAUGUAGCCUAACUCUGACAACCCAGGAGGAUCUGGACUUCGUGCAGUCCAUCUCUGCAGCAUACUCCGUACAGAAGGAGGCACAGCAGGCAGCCAAAUGCAGGGAGAGGGGAAACUCCAGCUUCAAGAUCAGAGACUUCACUGCAGCUGCUCUGCACUAUUCACAGGGAAUAUGUGUUGCGCCUCUAAGCUCGGAGCAGCUGCCUCUCUGCUAUGCAAACCGCUCUGCUGCUCUCUACCAUCUGCAGCACUACCAGGAUUCCCUUAAAGACAUUGACAGAGCUCUAAAGCAUGGCUACCCCUCUCAUCUUUCACACAAACUAGAGGACCGUCGCACACAAUGCCUCAGGCACCUCUCUGUAGAUCAAAAGGGAAAAGACAAUCCUGCCUCAAAGAAUCCUACAGACGGAGGAAAAGGGACAUCUGUUGGACCUCUUUCAUUUGGGAUUUGUCCUCAAGCUGCUGUUGGCUUCAGCCCGGAGAAAGGGCGACACCUUGUGGCUGCGGAGAGAAUAGCAGCUGGGGAGGUGCUUCUGCAUGACAGGCCAUACAGCUGUGUCCUUAUUCCAGGGAUGGAGGAGGUACAAGGUAAAAGAGGAAGGCAGGAUGCAGAGGGAGGAGUGGAGCACCGGCGCUGUCACAGGUGUCUGACUGAAACUCUGAGUCCUGUGCCGUGUGAGGGCUGCAGCUACACCCGAUACUGCUCAACUUCCUGUCAGCGAGACGCCUGGGAGGAACAUCACCAGUGGGAGUGUUCAUUGGGAGCAGAUCUGAUGGUCAUGGGCGUGAUGUCACAGCUCGCUCUGAGGGUCACACUAAAGGCGGGGUUGAAAAACAUCCAAAUGGCCAAGGAGCCAAUCAGAAACGAGCACACAGAGCCAGAGUCCAGGAAUUCAAAGCCUCCCGAUCCUUGUGCUUCACAUUACGGUGACACUUAUCGCAGCGUGUUUCACUUACAACACCACCUGAAUCUCCACAGCCCUUGUGUGCGUUUCUUGAGUGCGAUUACCAUAGCAACACUGUACCUAAAGCUCAGCAAGGCAGGACCUCCACCUGCAUCUUGGGACCUUAGUAGACCCUUACAGGCAAACAGCCAUCCCCCAGACGAGGAGGGAGGUAUUGGAGCAGCUUGGAACUCAGAGCUGUGGCUGAUGGGAAGUGUAGUCCUGAGGCACAUGCUGCAGCUGAGGUGUAACGCUCAGGCAAUCAUCACGCUGCAAGACACAGGAGCGGAAAACUCACCGGUGCAGUCUAGCAGGGAAAUUCGCAUUGCGACGGCGAUGUUCCCAACUCUCAGUCUUCUGAAUCACUCCUGCUGUCCCAACACCAGUCUGGCGUUCAGCACAGGAACACACCUGUCUGCAGACUUCAGUGAGAGUGUAGCUGAGAAGAGAAGCAAAGCAAGCGGAGUCACUGUCACUGUCAGAGCAGCCAAAGAUAUUUCUCCUGGACAAGAGAUCCUGCACUGCUAUGGUCCCCACAGCAGGAGGAUGGCGACCCAAGAACGCCAGCGUCUCCUGCAGGAACAAUACUACUUCCUGUGUCAGUGUGAGGCCUGCACGCUGCAGCAGCAGUCAGAGGAAGAGGACGGUUCAGAGGGCAGACUGCAGUGCUCAAGUGUUGGAGGCAAUCCACAGUCUGGACUUUUGUGUGGGAAGUGCAAAGGAUCUCUCAAUAGAAGCAGCGAGGAGAGAGGAAAAGGAUUCAUAUGUUCCCAGGCAUCCUGCGGUCACUGUGUGGCGUUAUCUGAAGUGAACCAGAGACUGCAGGAAAUAAAGCAGGACCUGAAGAAGGCUGUGGACCUGAUGGAAAGAGAGAGGCCAGAUGAGGCUCUGAGACUGUUGAGGAGGACCCAGAGUCCGUCUGCUCUGAGCCUCGCAGAGACACAUCCGUUACAGGGGGAGCUGGAAGAUGCUACGGCCAGAGCGUAUGCUACCAUGGGCGAUUGGAGUAAAGCUGCCUCACACCUUGAGAGAAGUGCCGUAGCUAUUGAGAACCAGUACGGAAAGGAGAGCAUUGAACUGGGUCGACAACUCUUCAAAUUAGCCCAGCUUCACUUCAAUGGUGGUGCCAGAGGCCCCGCCCUCUUUGUCAUCCCCAGGGUCAGAAAACUGCUCUGCCUUCACUGUGGCCCUCAAUGUGAAGAACUACAGGAGCUGCAAGCUAUGGAGGACUGUCUAACAGCAUAGUCUUACAUAAUAACAAGAGCGGAAAUCUUUGCAGUAUAUUUUUUGUUAUGAACGAAGUCUAAGUAAAUACAAAUCUGUGAACGUUU